ACCAGUCAGACAGACAGAGAGAAAAGUACUUUUCUUUAGACCUGUUCAGAAGCCCAAAGUUUUUUUUUUACAGUGCAUUGCUGAUUCUUAUUUUCAGGGUUCUGCUUUAACUAUGGCAGUGUUGGGAGAACUUUUUCUACUAAUGCCCAGCACAGCCACGCUGUUGAGUGCUGUGCUGUUGCUCCUGGUUUUUUACAUGAUUUUCUCUGGCGUCAAUGUAGAGAAAGCAGAAAAGGAGCCCCCGGGACCCAGUCCGUUACCUAUUCUGGGAAAUCUGCUGCAGCUGGACCUCAAACGACCUUACUUAACCUUUUGUGAGCUUUCCAAGAAGUAUGGCUCAGUUUUCACAGUAUACCUUGGUCACAAGAAAGUUAUCAUUUUAUAUGGCUACAAAACAGUUAAGCAAGCCCUUGUGAACCGUGCAGAAGAGUUUGGAGACAGAGACAUCACUCCCAUAUUCCAUGAUUUCAGUAAAGGACAAGGGAUCCUUUUUUCAAAUGGAGAUAACUGGAAAGUGAUGAGACGAUUUGCUCUCUCUAAUCUACGGGACUUUGGGAUGGGCAAAAGAGGGGUUGAGGAGAAAAUCAUUGAGGAGAUGCGGUACCUGAAGGAAGUGCUUGAGAAAUUUAAAGGAAAGCCAUUUGAUACCAACCAGCCACUCAACUGGGCUGUGUCCAAUAUCAUCUCAUCCAUUGUGUAUGGCAGCAGAUUUGACUAUGAAGACAGUCGAUUUCAGGGGAUGGUUCGCAGAGCCAAUGAAAACUUAAGACUCACUGGUUCUGCCUCUAUUCAGAUCUACAACCUAUAUCCCUUUUUGGGCCCUUGGCUUAAGGCUUGGAGACAACUCAGAAGAAACAUCGAGAGUAAUUUUAAGGAGAUAAAGGAGCGUGUAUAUUCACUGAAAGAUACACUGGACCCUGAGGACUGUCGAGGUUUCAUAGACUCCUUCCUCCUCCGCAAGCAGAGUGAAGAGGCAUCAGGAAAAACAGACACACUGUUUCACGAGUGGAACCUCUUCACGUCAGUGUCCAACCUAUUUUCAGCGGGAACAGACACCACGAGCACAACAAUGCGUUGGGCACUGCUGCUUAUUAUCAAGUACCCACAUAUACAAGACCGGGUCCAGGAGGAGAUCGACAGGGUGAUUGGCAGUCGGCAGCCAGUGGCGGAUGACAGGAAGAACUUGCCUUAUACAGACGCAGUGAUCCAUGAAGUUCAGAGACUGGCCAAUAUUAUACCCAUGAGUCUGCCUCACACCACAAGCUGUGAUGUUCAUUUUGAGGGCUUUUUCAUCAAGAAGGGUACUACUGUGAUUCCUCUGCUGAUGUCUGUGUUAAGAGAUGAGAAUGAAUGGGAGACCCCUUACACCUUUAACCCAGGCCAUUUCCUUGAUGAGAAAGGACAGUUUGUUAAGAGGGAUGCUUUCAUGCCCUUUUCUGCAGGACGUAGGAUAUGUCUGGGAGAGAGUCUUGCCAAAAUGGAGCUCUUCCUCUUCUUCACCUCUCUCCUGCAGCACUUCCGCUUCACCCCUCCUCCAGGGGUGUCUGAGGAUGAACUGGACCUGACACCAGUUGUAGGAUUCACAUUAAAUCCUCCCCCUCACCAGCUUUGUGCCAUAGUGAGACGGCCCUGAGUUGUACAUGCUGUACUUCCAUUGAGGGAGUUGAGACAAAAAGGAUUGAGACAUAAAGGGUUGAGUCAAAAAAAAACCUACUACUACUAACUACAACAAUAAUUUCUUCAGACAUGAAAAAAAAAAUCAUCAUGAAUUAAGUCGAGCACCUUUUCAUACCACGGUUUAUAACCGACUGAGACAUGUUAAUAAUUUUUCUGUAACCACUGUGAACACACUGUUUGAUAAUUCACAGUUAUCAUUCUUGAUAAGAGCAUGUGCUAAGUAUAAAAAUGUACAAAAUUGUAAUUUGUACUCUCCAGAUUUGAGAAUGUCUAUUCAUAUUGCACUAUAGCGGUAAACUUAGAAACGGAAAGUGUACAGAGGAUUUUUUUCAAGAAGGCACAGUUAUAGUGCAGACAAGGUCAGUAUUGUCAUGUUACAUAUCAGUAGAGCAGUAGAAAAACCUGCUUGACUGGUUCCUGAAAGUGGGACAAAUGGAGAGAUGUUGCACAAUAAUAGGAAACUAGGUUUUUUGUUUGUUUUUUUUUACAAACAGAGCAAGCACUGCACUGCACAUCUUAGGGACAAAGAGUACCUUACUUAUUUUCCCUUUUUUAUCUGUGAGAUUACAAAUUUUAAAAAAUUGAUCAGAAAUGCAAACCCUGUUCAUUUAGCCUUUAUUAUAUUAAGACUAUAAAUGGUCUUUUCUUUGAUCGGUAUUCACAUUUGUAAUAAUUACAAGUCAAAAAAUAAAAACUUCAAAAAAGGAA